UCGCCCGUGUUCAUCAUUCCCAACAUGUUGGUCAACCUCUCCUUACUCUUCGUCCUUUUGGGUGGUAUUAUCAGUCUCACUGAGGCUCAGACAACAGAUUGCUCGAAUACGUGUAUGUUUCGAGCCAGAUGCACUCCCUACUAUAAGGAUCUGGUCUGGUCAGUGGUGGAUCGCGUUUGUCGCGUCUUUCAGAACGGUUGCAUCUUUGCCAAUGAAAAUUGCAUGAGAGCCAAUCGCUGCUUGCCACCCAUGGUAGCCACUACGAAGGAGGAGUGUACGAAGGAGAUCUACUGUCCAAGGUGGUGUUCUCGAGGAGCACCGCGGGUCUGUGCCUGGUUUCCCUAUACAGACAGUAAUGGGAAUACCGGCGGUCGAGACAUGACAUUCGGAAGUCGCUGUCUACUAGAUAUGUACGCCUGCCGUCAUGCAGAAGCCUAUGUCAACGAACCACGGAUUGGAUCAUGCACUUAAAAUGUCAAAUUAAAUGAAUAUUUACCAAUAAAUGCGAGCUAAAUUGUAUGAUUUUUUAUUUAUACAAGUGGCCUUUUAUCUUA